AGGGACACGUGUGCGGGGAGGGAAGCAGGAAGUGACUUCGGGAGUGGAGCCGGCGAGCCAGCGGCUGCGGGGCUGAUGGAAGUGGAGUGGGGGCUUGAGAGGGCACCGUACCGUCUCCAGCAUGCUGCAAGGCCACAGCUCUGUGCUCCAGGCGCUCCUGGGAACCUUCUUCACCUGGGGCCUGACGGCAGCCGGGGCAGCUCUCGUGUUCGUGUUCUCUAGUGGACAGAGGCGGAUCUUGGAUGGAAGUCUUGGCUUUGCCGCGGGGGUCAUGUUAGCGGCUUCCUAUUGGUCUCUCCUGGCCCCGGCUGUCGAGAUGGCCACGUCCUCUGGGGGCUUUGGUUCCUUUGCCUUCUUCCCUGUGGCCGUUGGGUUCACGCUCGGAGCUGCUUUUGUCUACCUGGCUGACCUCCUGAUGCCUCACCUGGGUGCAGCAGAAGAUCCCCCGACGGCCCUGGCACUGAACUUCACCCCCGCGUCGCUGAAGAAGUCUGACACUGAGGGUCCCCGGCUGCUCUUCCCUGAGAGUGAACUUUCCAUCCGGAUAGGUAGAGCUGGGCUCCUUUCAGACAAGAGCGAGAAUGGCGAGGCCUAUCAGAGGAAGAAGGCGGUGGCCACCGGCCUUCCUGAGGGCCCCGCCGCCCCAGCGCCUCCUCGAGGGAACCCGGUGCAGCCCGGCAGCGGCAGCUGGAGGAGGAUCGCGCUGCUCAUCUUGGCCAUCACCAUCCACAACAUUCCAGAGGGUCUCGCUGUCGGCGUUGGAUUUGGGGCCAUAGGGAAGACAGCAUCUGCCACCUUCGAGAGUGCCAGGAAUUUAGCCAUUGGAAUCGGGAUCCAGAACUUCCCAGAGGGCCUGGCUGUCAGCCUCCCCUUGCGAGGGGCUGGCUUCUCCCCCUGGAGAGCCUUCUGGUACGGGCAGCUGAGCGGCAUGGUGGAGCCGCUGGCCGGGGUCUUCGGUGCCUUUGCCGUGGUGCUGGCUGAGCCCCUUCUGCCCUACGCCCUGGCCUUUGCUGCUGGCGCCAUGGUCUACGUGGUCAUGGACGACAUCAUCCCCGAGGCUCAGAUCAGUGGUAACGGGAAACUGGCCUCCUGGGCCUCCAUCCUUGGAUUCGUGGUGAUGAUGUCCCUCGACGUUGGCCUGGGCUAGGGCUGAGAGGCUUCGGACCCCAGGAAAAGCGGUGCCAGGAAACCACAAUGGUUGGCUUCAGUGAGACUACAAGCCUCUUUCUCUACAUUAAAACACUUUUCCUUUCUCGCCUUUUCAUCUCAUUAUCCUGAUUGACUCUGAUGAUCAUAAGAUAAUUUUUACUGUUCUUUGGAGGGAGAUCUUGGUUUUAUUUAGAAUGUCAGGGUGUCAUGGAACUCCAGAUUUUUGUUCGGCCACUGCAUAGAACCUUUCUUCAGUGGGAUUAUCAAGGACACACAGAUCAAGGAAGUCUCCGCUGUCCCACCCUCGGUCUUCUUGCUGGGCUCAGUGGUAGCUCCUCCAGGUCACCACCGGCAAGAGCAAACAAGCCACCAGGAGAGAAGCCUCCUAAGCAGUUUUGCCUCGUGACUCGGAGCAGUAUGGCCAGGACAUCUCUCCUCUGUUCCUCCUGAUCAUCUACUUAUGAGACCGGAACUAGAACGUCAUGGACCGAGCAACCCACGCUCCAAGACCCAGCUAGCCCAAGAGGAAUAUGCCUUUCCUCUCCGUCCCACGAGGGAGAUGCUGUAUGGGAGAGGACACAGACAAAGGGAAGGAAAUAAGUUAGUCUUUCUUUCUUCUUUACAUUUUCUUAAGGCAAAGAUUGACACUAUUGAUGUUAAGGGAAUUAGGGAAUUCAGACAACUAUGAACUAUGAUCAGAGACCUCUGCUUUCUACAGAUUCCGGAACAAAAGGGUUUGUUAUGGUGUCCAAAUCCUCUAGACAUUUAUUUUGGUAAGUUUAUAGCCUUCAGUUUUCCCAGAGACUUGGGGACAUCAGCGGACGGCUGGAACUGAGACCCUCAGGUAGUUAUGGAUCGAGCCACUUAAGCUAACAUUUGGAAUCUGCCCUAGGUCCUUCCCUGUUGACCAUGUGACUUGCACCUGACCGUGAACCCUUAGGCUGUCACAGGCUUUGCUGGAGUUUGGCCCAAUUGUUUAGGAUGAAGAAGGAAGAAGGUGUCAGAAGAAAAAGAUUUUUUUUACAUUCCCCUUGUAGGGUAAACCCUAGCCAAGUCAUCAUCCUGAAAUGACUCUAAAGGAUGACUUGAACUAGACCAGAAGCUAGUCUGCUCCUUCCUACAUGUAGUUUCUCCAACAGGGGUGAUAAAUUUGUCUGCUUCAAACAGAGCGAAGGCCUGCCGUCCUCGUUGGUCAGAGGAGCAUGUGGGACCUCGAGUGGGCUCUGCCAGCCAGCCAGGCAGCCCAAGACCCAGGCGUUCGGGUGUUGUGUUUAUCAAUGCCAGCCCUCUGAGUUUACAUGUUGAAUUGCUUCCAAGGGUGAAUUCCCUGCUCUGUGAAUGCUCUGAGACCUCAAAGGCCAACCUUAUGCUGGGCGUGGGUAUGUUCUUCUGGAGCACUGAUGAUCACAAUGGAAGACACCUUCAGAGGUUCUGAUUGGUUGAAAUGAAUGGGUUUGUUGGUUGGUGUUUGAGUAUGUUUAUGUCAUGUAUGUAGUUCUACAUAAUGCAGACUUUCUGAUGGACAAGACCUCAUAACUGUGAUUAAUAUCAAUAAAGGGGAUGUUGUGAAUGA